AUGAUGUCAUUAAUUUUUUAUGCUCUUCUCCCCUUAGCUUUGUCCUAAACUAAUAGUGUGAAUUGCUUAUUUGAAUAAGAGUUCGAUAUUGAUACUUAUGAGGAUCUGGUUGACAAAGCAAAAUUUGGAAAUGGGUCUAUUGAUGUAAUACAAACAACAAAGCAACUGUUAUUAUUGGACUCAGAUCUCAAUGUUCUCAACUCUACACUUGGUCCUAAAACUACUGGUUAUUCUUGUAAUAGAGUAAUUGGUUAUCCAUUAGGAAAUAUCUUUUUUGUUGGUUGUCAAUAGAAUGGAUCUGAGGCAUACUUAUAAGGAUAUUAAUGUUAUGGAUUGAAUUGUAAUCCAUUUGGAAGCAUAGUAUAUAUUCCUCUUGGAAUUUAAUUAUUUGACAAGGCUGUAGUAGUUGGAAAUACUUUUAUAAUGUUAUAAAAUGAUAGAGUUUUAUUCUAUACAAUAGUAGUACAAACUGGAUCAUGGUAUUUAAGAACAACAUCUUAUAUUUUUGAUAAAUCCUACUUUAAUAGAACUAAUCUUUAUUUAACAGAUUUUGAUAUCAAAUCAUAUUAUAUGGACUCUUAGUUAGUAUACAGAAUAUUGAUUACAGAUAGAAAUGAAGGUGUUCUUUGGGUAGAUUCAAUUUACAGAACUAAUAAUUUAGUUCCUUAUAGUUAAGGAUCAAUUCUUUUAAGAUACACAAUCACUACUCUUAGAGCAACAACUAAAUUCAAGAGUGCAGCUAUAUUGAAAGCAAGUGAAAAUUCAACUGAGUUUGUUAUAUCAACAGACUUGGAAGAUAGUUAUUAGAUUUUAUAUUAAUCAAAUAAGGCAAUUUUAGAAUCAGUAUUAAAUAGAUACAGAGAUUGGGUUCCAAUAGGUUAUAUAACUUUAAAGGGAAAUGCUGUAGCUAUUCCAUAUUAAAACACUUAAGGGACAAUAAUUACUCCUCUUUAUAAGGUUAAAUAAUUCUCUGAUUCAAAUGAGUUGAUUUAACUCUAAUAAGAUUAUACAGAUUUGCUCUUUUCUAGUUCAUUAAAACACUUUUUGAUUUAUUUUGUAGAUGCUGAUUAUGUUAUCUACAAAAGUGACACUGAUUCUUUUACAAAAUGUAAGUUGGGCCAGUAUAAUAACAUCGAAUAGUGA